AUGGCGAGCGCAGGCGGCGGAGGCGCAGACGCAGCUGGUGAAGAUCAAGAGAUGCGUGACAGCCCUGCCUUGAAUGAAGGGGAGCAGGAGGAUGCCAAUGCCAUGCACUCCGACGAGCUCCACGCCAGGCGCACGCGGGAGAAGACGCUCCCUUCUCCGCGGGUGCUCGGUGCUGGCUCGGGAUACCACUGCAUACCUUUCGUCGAGACAUGGGGCAGUCACCCGGAUGGUACCAACUACCGAGCGUGGAAAGAACUCUGCGAGAGACUGGACCGACACACCAGCUUCCCACCUCCUCCGGCAGCCCUGGGGCACUGGCCUGUGGAUCUCAUGGCCGGCCUACCUACUCAGUUCGUUCACCCGGAUCUCAUCAGCCGGGCCGUCGCGCGUCGACGGGGCAGUACAGACAGUCCGAAAUCCGAAUGGCCCAUCGUUGGGUGGAUUGUUGUCGUUACACCCCGUUCGAACGAAGCUGCACUCAAUAGUCUUGUGGCAACGACCUACGCAGCAAGCUACCUCCAAUCCUUGCCUGGACGGGCACGAACUCAAUUCCUCAUCGAUACACCGUGCGACGAUGGUACGAUUGACAGGGUGCGGCUGGUAUUGGAGGACAUUUCCAAGAGAAGCCCUUACGCACCAGGGACAUGGUCGAGAGCCGUGAUCAACAAUGUAGGUCAGGUCGCCCUUGAGGUGGCAAGCACAACUUCCAGAUCGAUUCAGCUCCCAAACCUCGAUAUGGACUCACGAAAGCAAGGUUUGCGGGCAAAGGUGCGAUGCUUCGAUCCAUCGAAGCUUGGACAGCGGGACGGAGGCAUUUAUGAGCGUCAAGUAAAUUUGGCCAUUUCCGAACUGCUCGAGCUCACGGAGACCCCGACACUCUCUCACAUCUAUGCUCCAGCUACGCUCCCAGCUGGGACACAAAUCCCGGGUGCGUCGACUGAGCAGACCCAUCGGAUACUCCAAUCCGCCUCCCUGGUACUUUCACGUCUUCAUCACAGGGUCAUUUCGCCUUCUGCAAUCCAGAUUCAGAAGACUCUCCUGCUCGGUCUUUUUGGAUCCAGAACAGCUGCAGCAAAAGCCGGCCCGGGUCAGCUCUACUUCUUGCAACAGGGAGAGGACGGCAACUUCAGUCUGUUACCAUCAUCGGCAUGUACUGCGAUUUUCGAGGAUACUACGCCAAACACAAUCACGGGCAUACCGUCUCGAGAGGCUGCGAUCAGGGUGGAAGACACAUUCUACUCAACGCUGCACAGUACCAGCUCACUGGAUGCUGCUUGGGAGGCUGCCUGCCGCCGUGCAGACUUCGAAAGCCAUCUAGCAGCUUCGGGUGAAGAAGGGGCAAUUGCGGAUUCGUGUCCUCCUCAAGAGAAGCACUGCAGAACGCAUCUUUGUAGAUGCGGAAGGCUUUGUGUCUGUUCCGCCUUUGUGGUCGUAGGUGGAGAAAGGCGCUGUCCGCACUGUGCUGGCGACAGCGGCCCGGCGACGAGAGAGAAGCCGAGGAAACAUCCUUGCGCGCAGUGCAAAGGCACGUCCAAGCUCUGCAUGAGAAGAGCGAUUGGCUUGCCAUGCACAGAGUGUGAGAAGGAAGGCCGACAGUGCAGCUUGCGGGCGGAGGUGUGCGAUGGGUGCAAGGACACACCGCUCCUCUGUAACAAGCCCGCCCAUGUUGGUGCGCCGUGCAAGGAGUGUAAAAAGCAAGGUCGACAGUGCAGCUUGCAGGUAAAGACGUGCGAAGAGUGCAAGGACACGCCGCACCUCUGCAACAAGCCCGCCCAAGUUGGCAUGCCAUGCAACGAGUGUAAGAGGCAAGGCCGACAGUGCAGCUUGCAGGGGGACAUUUGCGAUGAGUGCAAAGACAAACCGCACCUCUGCUUCAAGCCCGCCCAAGUUGGGGUGCCAUGCAACGAGUGUAAGAAGCAAGGUCGGCAAUGCAGUUUCGCAAAGCAGACGUGCGAGCAGUGCAAGGACACACCUGAGCUGUGCAAAGGAGGCAGGUAUCCACGGCCAUGCACGGAAUGCGUUCAGCAGGGCCGGCAGUGCAGCUUCAGCCAGAAGAGUAGGAAGAAGAUCUGCAAGCAGUGUGAGGACACACCCGAGCUAUGUGGAGGAAGUGACCAUGGCAGGCCAUGCACGGAGUGCAAUGAGCAGGGCCGAGAGUGCAGCUUCCAAGUCGUCAUCUUCAGCCGUGUAUUCAGGCAUGUCUUUCAGGACGAGCGACAGGAUCUACGCGCAGCCGGCAGACCAGCAUCGAAAUUCCUCGAGCUCAGCAACGAGGAACUCUGGAUAGCAUUCAGCACGUCCUGUGCUAUUACAUCGGGUCAGGACAGCUUCACCGACCAAUACACGAAAAUCCAGCACCGAAUCGCCACCGCGGGCGCAUUUGCACUCAACAUUGAUGCGCUGAACCCCGUCGCCGUAUGCGACAUCAAAGGCUCCCUAGAAGUGCAUAUUCAUGUACGGGACAAUGUUCGUGCCACAGCUGCGAACAUAAACGAGCUCAAAUAUGAGUUCAGCAUUCUGAUCGUCAAGUACUUCUCCGACCUGUGCAACGGCCCAGAUCAAGAACACUUGCAGACCUUGCUGAACGCCCUGGAUCACCUGUACCUCGUCACUCUUCAAUUCCCAUACCAGCGCAAGGAGCGACUCAAAUUGGACCCGCAAGUUGUGCGUUUCAUCUGCGAACAGAACCGCACUGGACGGCUUGGCGACCCUGCUGAGAUCACUUGGUCGAGGGUGCCAUGGCAAUUGGCAAUUGACCGUGCCGGUCAAUUCACCAGAGGUCCGAAAGAUGCUCAGCAGGAGGAGAAAUUGAGACAGCGCAGGGCUCUGCCAUUUCCUAACGCCGACAGGGUCUUGCCAGUCGUUGAUGAGAUCGAAUCGCAAUACGAAGUCUCCCUUCAGCGCCCGGUGUACCCGUUCGACAUACGCACUCGGCCAGAAGUGUGGUGCUGGGAAGAUCUGAGGAUGUUCUACGCGCAACGAUUGAGAACACUCAUGACAGCGUGCAACAGGCAUUACGAAACGACAUGUUCGGUGGAAACCUUGUUCAUUCUGCAUUGCAUACAGUACGCCAAUCCUGCGGCAUACGUGCCUGUCCCAGGCUUCGACAAUUGCGAAUGGCUACGACAGCGUCAAGUGUCGUACCAACACCAUCCCAUGCGUGCGGCUGCCGCCCAUAGCGACCAUGGACUUGAUAUGACCACUGGGCUGCCCAACGACUUUUCAUCGCUUGCGGAUUUCGACAUCACGAAAUGCAACAUCUCAUGGGAGCCUAUGGUCUGGAACUGGAUGCGCGGACGAUGGGAUGAUCAGCUUGGAGAGGUUAUCGCUAAUUUGCAGAACCUACCUCGGGACAACCCGCCAUACUGGCCGGCACAGAUCCCCAACCUACCAACAGCAUUUGGGAUACCUGUAGGAUCUGCAGGUGUGGGUCUCGACGAACCGACAGCACUUCACGACAUGUUCUCAGGAAAAGUGCGCCAGUUCCUCCGCACAGCACCCGCUACUACGCAACCGCCACUGCAAAGUAAUUUGGCCAACACUCGGAACAUUUGCUAUGCUUCGAGCGCAAUCCAGGCAAUUUUCAACGUUACGCCGCUUCGCGCCCUUCUCUCGCAAGCCGUGGCGUUUCCGUUCAGAGUCGCAACCGGCCGCGGUAGCCAGUACCUUGCCCGUACCCGGCAAGAUCCAGACAUGCUCGACCACCAAAACGCUGUGAAAGCCCUGGCGUCUACUAUGAACCAACUCGCGGCCGAUCGGACAGGCAAACUUGGAUCUGGACCGACUCUUCAUGUCCUUCAGUGUGUGCGCCGGCUGUACAAGAACGACUUUCCGGAGAACAAAGAAGAUGAUCCAACGGCCUUUCUCACAACGCUCCUAGAGAUGUUGAAUUGUGCCGGAGAUCGCUCGACGCCCGUUGUUGGCACCACCAUCCAGGACCGGCUUGAGGCUGAGCACAGACAUGCAUAUCAGAACGAUCAACUCAUUCCGUCAAUCGCCAGCGAAUACCUCCGUCACUGGAAAGGCUACCUCCAGAUCGGGUACGACUCGCCGAUCACUGAUCUCUGCGCGGCACAAGUGGCUCGAGAAUCAAGAUGCAUGGAGCCCUCCUGCCUGUCGCCCCACUCCCGCAGUUUCGAGGUUCUAAAUUCCAUCAACAUUCGGCUGCAGGAUGCUCCGGGCUACAAUUCCACGAAGCAAUUCACCAUCGAAGAACUGAUUCGUGAGGGAAGCAAUGUAGGCAACGACCUUGAUCACGCACCAAUGAGGUGCGAAAGCUCAGCGAAUCAUCCUCCGAAGACUGCAAUGUACCGCAGGAUCAUCAGGCUUCCACCCGUGCUGAUCAUCAGAAUUGAUCGUAUGGCGCUGUCUGGCUUGCGUCAUACCUCCGAAGCAGCUGCAGAGAGUGCUUCUACCCUUGCGCGCAAUCGCUUGAUAUUGGGCGAUGUGCUCGACAUGGGUCCUCUUAGCAACGGCCGCCGCCUGCCGUCCGAGAACCUGCCGCUCCGGCGGCUACUGAACCCUGUGGGUGAUCAGACACAGUAUCGUCUACAGGCGAUCAUUCAUCAUCGCGCUGGACACUUUGUGACGUACGCAAGAGCCGUCUGCAAAGAUGGGUACCGCAGAUGGGUCAUCAUGAACGACAUGGAGGGCUGCGUACGUUACGAAGACCCACUGAACAUGACUGCAGCCUCGAACACUGGUGAGGCGACCCUCAUCUAUACUCAGAUGUCUGAUGUCGAAGUACGGAUUCUGGCUGCGGAGAACAAGCUUGCCAGAGGUGAAGACAUACAAGAGGCACUCGACGGCAUUCUGGAAGAAGAGCUCGAAAUUGCCAAUGGCGUUGUCGACUGUGACGUCCUCAAUUCUUUCCUCGGUGAUGGGGAGGAGAGCGAUUCUGAAUCGUCCUCGUCAUCUUCAUCAUCAUCCUCCUCCUCUUCCUCGUCAUCUUCAUCGUCGUCUUCUGGAAGCUCUGCGGAUCUUGAGGAGAAGAACAAGCUCUUCAACUCAUGGCUUGCCGCACUCAAGACCAACCAGACGGACAAGCAGCGUCAGAAGACACUGGACCGUAUGAGCAAGCAGUACGACGGUAUUGCCAAAUCGUUUGCAGACCUGCAAGCUGCUUCUGGCGGACUUGAGAACACCACUGAGCAGAAGAAUGUUCUCGGGAAGCAGAUCGAAGAAGCUGAGAAAGUGCUUGCUCAGCUUCAGCCCGAGGGCUAUCAGCAGGUCGUCGCCGAGCGCGAUCGUUUGGCUGCUGAGAACCAACGGUUAAAAGAGGAGAAGUCUUCCACGCCCAGUAUCAUCGACCUGUUACGUGCGGAACUAGACGGCCUCAGUUUGAAGGAUAUUGCCAUCCUCAACUCAGAGGUUGCUGCUGCACUGCCCAGGGCCAUUCAUCGCCAUAACGAGUCAACACGGGCCUCAGAGGGCCUUAGUGAGCAGGGCGGAGUGCCUGGGAGUGAGAGCGAGGACCCACCAAUAGACGACACGAGGUCUGCAGAGGGUGUUAAUCCUCAUGGCGCGGCUGGGCAUGAGAACGAAGACUCACAAAUGGGUGGCACGACGCCAGGACCGGGACAGAAGCCAAGUGAUGCACCACCCGUCGCACCGCCAAUCCAGAGACCGCACUUCAUGCGCCCCACGGAAGCUCAUGCGCGUCGUACGGGCCGUACUACGCCACACAACGGUGCGUCGCCGCCUAAGAAGAAGCUGAGGAGGUGA